CCAUUCCCUUUUUCUCUACACCAUCAUUCUUCUCUUAUCCACACAAAAUUCUCUAUACUUCAAAUUCUAAACCAUUGCACCAUUUUUCAACUACCUGCUCUGCAUAGAGCAAAACUCAAACCUAAAUUGUUGGUUGGGAAAACCAAAGCUAUGGCAUCUUCUUCUCCAUCCCCAAUAUCUGCUACAUUCUUCUUUUCUAAUCAAUCGUCAAUCCCUAGACCCCGAACUUCACCUUUUUCUGUACUAAACACAAGAGCUAUGGCUAAAGACCUUUAUUUCAACCAUGAUGGUUCAACCACAAAGAAGCUUCUUGCAGGAGUGGACUUAGUGGCAGAGCUCCUUGGUGUUACAUUGGGACCUAAAGGAAGAAAUGUUGUAUUGCAUAACAAGUAUGGUCCUCCCAAGAUAGUAAAUGAUGGAGAAACUGUUCUCAAAGAGAUUGAAUUGGAAGAUCCAUUGGAAAAUGUUGGAGUGAAAUUGGUGAGACAAGCUGGGGCAAAAACCAAUGAUUUAGCUGGUGAUGGCUCAACUACAUCUGUUAUUCUUGCCCAUGGCUUAAUCAAAGAAGGGGCAAAAGUUAUUGCAGCUGGAAUGAAUCCUGUCCAAAUUGCCCGUGGCAUUGAGAAGACAGCAAUAGCACUUGUUUCUGAACUUAGUUUGAUGUCUAGAGAAGUUGAAGAUCAUGAACUUAAAGAUGUUGCAGCAGUAAGCGCGGGGAACGAUUAUGUAGUCGGAAACAUGAUUUCUGAGGCUUUGCAACAAGUAGGAAGAAAAGGAGUAGUUACAAUUGAAAAAGGAAAGAGCAUUGACAAUAGUCUAGAGAUUGUAGAAGGAAUGCAAUUUGAUCGCGGAUAUCUUUCUCCAUACUUCGUGACAGAUAGAAGAAAGAUGACCAUUGAACUUCACAACUGCAAGUUGUUAUUAGUUGACAAAAAGAUCACAAAUCCAAAAGAGCUGCUCAACAUAUUGAAUAGUGCAGUAAAAGAGAAGUAUCCAAUUUUGAUAGUUGCAGAGGGAAUUGAGCAAGAUGCUCUUGCUCCAAUUAUUAAAAAUAAACUCAGAGGCGUGCUUAAGGUUGCUGCUAUUAAGGCUCCUGCAUUCGGUGAGCGCAAGAGUCACUAUUUAGAAGAUAUUGCCAUCUUGACAGGAGGUACUGUAAUAAGAGAAGAUAUGGGUUUCACGUUAGAAAAGGCUAGCAAGGAUAUGCUUGGUUCUGCUACCAAAGUUGUCAUCACAAAAGAUUCUACCUUAGUAGUCACUGAUGGAAGUACUAGAACAGCUGUUGAGAAGAGGGUUUCUCAACUUAGGAGCCUUGUUGAGAAUACUGAAGAAAAUUUUCAAAAGAAGAUAUUGAAUGAAAGAAUAGCAAGAUUAUCAGGGGGCAUUGCCAUUCUUCAGGUAGGUGCACAAACACAAGUUGAGUUGAAAGAUAAACAAUUAAGAAUAGAAGAUGCCUUAAAUGCAACCAAGGCAGCAAUUGAAGAAGGUGUAGUAGUUGGUGGUGGCUGUAGCCUUUUAAGGUUGUCCAAGAAGGUUGAUGGCAUAAAAAAUCUCUUGGACAAUGAAGAGCAAAAGAUUGGAGCUGAAAUCUUCAAAAGAGCUUUGAGCUACCCUACAAGAAUGAUAGCAAAAAAUGCCGGCGUAAAUGGAAAUGUUGUCAUAGAUAAGGUUUUAUCAAAUGAUAACAUGAAUUUUGGUUACAAUGCUGCUAGAGACUGUUAUGAGGAUCUCAUGAAGGCUAGAAUCAUGGAUCCAACAAAGGUAGUUAGGUGCUGUAUAGAGAAUGCGGCAUCUGUGGCCAAGACAUUUUUAACAUCAAAUGCUGUUGUGAUUGACCGCAUGGAACUACAACCAUCACCACGCAGAAAACCCAUGACUAUGCCUAGAAAUCCCAUGCCCAUCAUGCCUAGAAAGCCCAUGCCCAUCAUGCCUAGAAAGCCCAUGCCUAGUUCAGGUUUAGGACCAUUAGGCUUUUAAAAUUACUUCUGCCUUAGAAUCCGGAUUCUAUUUACCAUCUAAGUUUUCAGAAAGAACAAUAAAGAAGCAUCCAGAAACAUGGCUCAAUUAUGGUCUGCACAAAUGGUGUCAUUGAUGGUCUUAGGGAGACCCAAAUGAAGUUUAUAAAAGUGAAAUUGGCUGUGUCUAGCUUCAACUUGAAAGGCUCCGCCAAUGGGCAGAAGGAAAAUGAUCGCUUCAAUAUGUAACCACCUUGUGAGGCAACCAAUUGUAUUAACAUCAUUUUGGAAUUUUUAUAGAACGCAUUGAACUUUAUAUCAGAUCAGGGAGAGAACGGAAAUAUUUAUCUCCUUGUUUUUAGAAGCAAUAUUUAUCAACCUCAGAUCAUUAUCUAUCAAA